UCAGCAUCUUUGUUUACCAGCGGCGCAGUUGGGCACAAUUUGUCUGUCUCUUAGCAUCAUUUGUUUACUGGGUGUGCUGUGCAUCAUUCAGGGCGUUAAUAUCGCUGCGAAGAUAUUUGUUUAGUAAGAGAAAUGUCUGCAAACGGAGGAGACACCACAGACGCAAGAAGAGGCGAUGGCCAAGAGUCGGAGCCACCUUCCUCUGUUGGCCAAAUGGACGUGGAUGCCCACCCCGGCUCCCAUAGCUUCAGAUACAGCCUGAAGUAUCCCAGCAUCGGCCACUGCAUCAUCAUCAACAACAAGAACUUUGACAGAAGAACAGGUAUGAAUCAACGAAAUGGAACAGACAUAGAUGCAGCGAACGCGAUGAAAGUGUUUUCAAAGUUGGGUUAUAAAGCCAAGGUUUACAACGACCUGUCAGUGGAGCACAUGAAACAGGUUUUAAUUUCUGCGUCAAAGGAGGAUCACAGCUGCUACGCCUCAUUUGUCUGUGUUCUGUUGAGUCAUGGAGAUGAGGGUGUGUUCUUUGGUACUGACGGCUCAGUGGAGCUUAAAUACCUGACGUCCCUUUUCCGAGGGGAUCGCUGCAAAUCACUGGUGGGGAAACCCAAACUCUUCUUUAUCCAGGCUUGCAGAGGCACUGAUCUUGAUGGAGGCAUUGAAACAGACAGUGGAGAAGAGGGCACAACUAGGAUCCCUGUGGAAGCUGACUUCCUGUAUGCCUUUUCAACAGCACCAGGCUACUACUCCUGGAGGAACACUAUGACCGGCUCCUGGUUCAUGCAGUCUCUGUGUGAGAUGAUGAGCAAAUACGGCAGAGAGUUGGAGCUCCAGCACAUCAUGACACGAGUGAACCACAAGGUGGCAGUAGAGUUCGAGUCAAUCUCCAAUUCUCCAGGCUUCAAUGCAAAGAAGCAGAUCCCCUGCAUUGUGUCAAUGCUGACCAAAGAGAUGUAUUUUACUCCUUAAUGUUCAUCUCUGCUCCUGAAAAAUGUUGCCUCGCCGACCUUCCUCUGCAGGAGACGGGCUUGAGGAUGUUUAUGUGUGGUGCUUGUAAACGUUUCUUUUCUAUACUCUCUGACUGAAUAUCUCUUGAAACCUCAGCUUACAUACUUGUGGGAGAGUAGAUGUGAUGCUUAGUUGCUUGAUAUGUCAAGAUGAGCGUUGUACGUUUUCAGAUGUGAGGCAUUUAAAUUUGUAUCCCUUCAGGAAAAGUGUAUUUGCAUCCUUUAAAAAAAAAAAAAAUCAUGAGUCUUUACAUAAAAUGUUGAUGAAUUUGUAUUUCCAUACUUACAAUCUACUACCGGUAGAUGCCUCUUGGAUGUUUACACUAUAUACAUUUCAGGGACUAAUAUUGGGAGCCAGUUUGAUAGGAAUUUUACUUUUUAUAUUUUUGUGAUCAUGCACUCCGUCUUCCUCAUUUGUCUUUGUCAGCAGUUCAUCAGCUCGAGUGUCGAUAGUCUUUCAUGACGGGAUCACGUGUGUAACUUCUGUUUUUUAAUAAUUAAUUAUUCACUCAGUGUAAAGCCUGAAUGGAUGCACUUGAGCUCAAUGGGUGCAAGUGUAUUGUUUUCACAAUGUUAUGUAGCAUGUUCAGGAGCAUCCAGUAAGCUGUCUUCUGUUGUGUUCGUUUUUAAAGCUCUUCUGCUCGUCAUUGAAAAUAGCCAGCCCACAUGAAUGCUGGUGUUUUUUGAGGCAGUCAUACUUGAACACGUUUUCAUUUCAUAUCUAACAGUUGUUACCGUGGUUUUUAAAGACAACAAUGAAAUGGGAUGCCUAUUCACAUCAAAUAAAUUGUUAUAGUGCUUAAACUUUCUACUGUUGUGGAACUGUGAGUCAAACUUUUGAUGCGACCAUCAGCAUGGGAGAUUUAUCAAAGACAAAGCACAAUUUGAUGCGUGUUAAUCCAAGUCCUUGUCAUUUGUGAAUAAAUAUUUGAGUACUUACAGCAAACGAGCUGAAAUCCCUUUCUGUUAAAAUAUGUAGCUGUUGUGACAAUACAGUAAUGCAUGUUCACAACAUUUUGCAACGAAGGUCACUUUAGCUUUUUUUUGUGCCACCUGUUUUGUAAGCAUCUAAACUGUGAGGUUGAUGUAAUGAUUUUCCUUUAAAAUAAAGACCACUUCACAUUG